AUGUCCUACUUAAACAAUCCUGCUGUCGUUAUGGACAAUGGUACCGGUUUAACCAAACUUGGUUUUGCCGGUAAUGACUCUCCAUCGUGGGUUUUUCCAACAGCAAUUGCUACUGCACAAGCAUCCAACACCAAGAAAUCUACUGUUGUAAAUAAGAGUAGUGCCGGUGGUGCUGAUUCUUCAGGUAGUGGGUAUUUUGGAAAUUCUACCUCUGCUACUUCGUUCAACAGCGGCGAUAUGUCAUCAUUGCUGUUGUCCAACAACCUGGCUGGUAAGAGAGGCACUGAAGAUUUGGACUUCUACAUAGGUAAUGAAGCUUUAGCAGCAGCACAAGGUCAGUCAUACUCUUUGAGUUAUCCAAUUAGGCAUGGUCAAGUUGAAAAUUGGGAUCAUAUGGAAAGAUUUUGGGAAAAUUCCAUCUUCAAAUAUUUGAGAACUGAACCAGAAGAUCAUUUCUUCUUAUUGACAGAACCACCUCUAAAUCCACCUGAAAAUAGAGAGCAAGUUGCUGAAAUUUUCUUCGAAUCUUUUAAUUGUGCUGGUUUAUAUAUUGCUGUUCAAGCAGUUUUGGCUCUGGCAGCCUCAUGGACCUCCCCAAAAGUCACUGACCGUUCUUUGACCGGUACAGUUAUUGACUCUGGUGAUGGUGUAACGCACGUUAUUCCUGUUGCCGAGGGUUAUGUUAUUGGAUCUGCUAUUAAGAAUAUCCCAAUCGCUGGUAGAGAUAUUACUCUAUUCAUUCAACAACUAUUAAGAGAGCGUGGUGAACAAGAUACAUCACUAAAAACCGCAGAACGUAUCAAACAGGAAUACUGUUAUGUUUGUCCAGACAUAGUAAAGGAGUUCAACAAAUUUGAUAGAGAUGCUUCUAAGUUUGCCCAAUUUGUGGUGGAGAGCCAAGAGAAAACUAGGAAGAAGAUUGUUGAUGUUGGUUACGAAAGAUUUUUGGCUCCAGAAAUAUUUUUCAACCCUGAAAUUGCUUCUUCUGAUUUCCUCACCCCAUUACCAACUGUUGUUGAUGAGACUAUUCAAGCUUGUCCAAUAGAUGUCCGUAAAGGUUUAUAUAAUAACAUUGUUCUUUCGGGUGGUUCUACUAUGUUCAAAGAUUUUGGACGUCGUCUACAAAGGGAUAUGAAAUCAAUUGUGAAUAAUAGAAUAGCGCAAAGCGAAGCUCUAAGUGGCACUAAAUCUACAGGUGUGGAUGUUCAAGUUAUUUCACAUAGAAAGCAGAGAAAUGCUGUGUGGUUUGGUGGUUCCCUUUUGGCUCAAACAGCAGAAUUCAAGAGUUAUUGCCACACGAAGAAGGACUAUGAUGAAUAUGGACCUGAAAUUGUUAGAAACUUUAGUUUGUUCAACAUGGUAUGA